GAAGUGGGGCCACAUUAGCGGGGAUGAGGCGAUGGCGGCCGCGGACGGCCGGGAGACUGUGGGCGGUUUCCCGCUCCUGCUCCUUCUCCCCGGGCGGCGGGAGCGCGGGGCCUGUGGGGCCUGUGGGGCCUGUGGGGCCUAGUGCCGGGGCCCAGCCUCCACCACCCCCACCCCGCGGGUUGUCCCGGCGGCCGGCGCUGCUGCUGUUCCCGGGCCAGGGCAGCCAGGCGGUGGGGAUGGGGAUGGCCGGCUCCACGCUCGCGCUGCCCCGGGUCAGGGACAUGUUCGCCGCCGCCCGGCAACUGCUCGGCUACGACCUGCUCGACGUGUGUGAGCGCGGGCCCCCCCAGAUGCUGCUCCACACCCGCCACUGCCAGCCCGCCGUCUUCAUCACCUCCCUGGCCGCCGUGGAGGCGCUCAAUGCCCGGCACCCCUGGGUAAUUGAGCAGUGUGUGGGAGCAGCAGGCUUCAGCGUGGGAGAGUUUGCUGCUCUGGUAUUUGCCGGUGCCAUGGACUUCACUGAAGCUCUGUACGUGGUGAAGGUGCGCGCAGAGGCCAUGCAAGAGGCAUCGGACUCCACCCCCAGCGGCAUGCUCUCCGUGGUGGGGCGUGCUGAGACCCGCUACAACUACGCCUGCCUGGAAGCCCGCGAACACUGCAAGUCCCUGGGAAUUGAAGAACCUGUGUGUGAGGUUGCCAACUACCUGUUUCCCAACGGACGUGUGAUCGCUGGACACCUGCAGGCUCUUGAGUUUUUGCAGCAAAACUCCCGGAGGUUUCACUUGGUGCGCGCCAAACUGCUGCCGGUCAGCGGCGCGUUCCACACCCGCCUCAUGGCGCCGGCGGCCCCCGCCCUCCGCCAGGCCCUGCAGGACAUCAGCGUGGAGAAGCCCCUCAUCCCCAUCUACUCCAAUGUGGACGGCAAGAAGUACAUGCACGGCCCACACAUCCGGCGGCUGCUGGUCAAACAGCUGGUGUCCCCGGUGAAGUGGGAGCAGACCAUGCACGCCAUGUACGAGCGCCAGCAAGGCACCGACUUCCCCGACACCUUUGAGGUGGGGCCAGGGAAGCAGCUGGGCACCAUGUUGAGGCAGUGCAACAUGAAGGCAUGGCGACAAUAUCGACACCUCGACAUGGAGCCGACCGAUCAGAGUGAAGAGGAGUGAAGUCUUUCCAACGUUCCCUUGCACAGGGACUGACCAAAGAUGCCUCGCGCUUUACACCAGGUCUACAACGGAGAGACUGAUGAGUUGUGGAAAUUCUCUCCGUGCUUUUAUGGACAUCCACACUUGCAGAACCUAACACAGACACAAAAAGCUGGAGUAACUCAGCGGGACAGGCAGCAUUUCUGGAGAGAAGGAAUGGGUGACGUUUCGGGUCCGGACCCUUCAUCAGACUGAGUCAGGGACGGGGAGACUGGAGGUAUGAGAAGGUACAGAACAAAGUAGAGCCUCGGAAAGGUGGAGCCCACAAUGGGCCAUUGUUGGCUGGGGACCUGGUGAUAACGAAAGGGUCUCCACCCGAAACGUCACCUAUUCCUUCUCUCCAGAGAUGCUGCCUGACCCGAGUUACUCUCAGCAUGUUGCGUCUAUCUUCAGUGUAAACCAGCAUCUGCAGUUCCUUCUUCCACACUCGGAGAAACUACACUGGUCAGUGAAUGAUUCUGAAAGUGAUAUACAGGUUUAGAAUUAAUUUGGAGUUAUGUUGUUAUCCUAUGUAUGAAGUGGAUUGGUAGAAUGUAACAUGCUGUUCAUCCAAAGAAAAAACAAAAAGCUCUCUCAUUUGGGGAACUUUGCCCUUUAUGGACAGGUGGCACAAUGUUAUAUUUUGUAAUUUAUAAAAGUAGUCAUGUUUUGAUGCUUCAAA